CACAUUCAAACACCCUUCUUCGAGGCACCACUCUUCCGACUACAUCCCUCAUCACUCCUUGGAAAACAGCCCUACGACUCAAUCAACUCUCAUUCAUGCUUGGUCAAUCAAAAUGUAUGGCUCGACGGAGCUGAACUCACGCAUGGAUCUUGAGACCUCCGCCUCAGUCAUCCACGAUUAUGGGCCAACUAGGUGACAUCUCGCCCGAGGGCAGCAUUGCCAUCGGAAUCAUCGUCGGCCUUUUAUCCACCUCCAUUCAGAGUCUGGGACUCACCCUACAACGGAAGUCGCAUCUGAUCGAGGAUGCCAAAGGAGAUGGGGAAGCCAGAACACCACCAUAUAAGAGACGAAAAUGGCAGCUGGGAAUGUUCAUGUUUGUGAUGGCCAACUUGAUCGGCAGUACCAUCCAAAUCACAACGUUACCAUUGCCAGUCUUGUCGACUUUGCAGGCUUCCGGCUUGGUCUUCAACACGGCAUUUGCCACUCUUUUGCUCGGCGAGCCCUUCACGCAUUACUCCCUUGUCGGGACGAUUCUGACGUGUGGUGGUGCCGCUUUGAUCGCGACAUUCGGCGCCAUCGGCGAGCCGGCGCAUAACUUGCGACAAUUACUGGAACUCCUUGGUCAGAGAGACUUCAUAAUAUGGAUGGUUGGGACCAUGGUCGUGGUGAUCGCCACUAUACUUUUCGCACAUGUCCUCAAAAUGUGGUCAUCCCACAAGCAUAUCACGCAGAGUCUGGCCAAGCACGAGAGGCCUCGAUCGACCUCCUCGAGCUCAAGACAUUCACUUACGCUCAGCCGUUCGUUUACCGCUCAACUACCGCAAGCUAUGAAGGUGAGACUUCAUCGCCUACGUCUGGUUCGAGGACUUUCGUAUGCCCUUAUAUCUGGCAUCUUGUCCGCUCAUUCUCUUCUCGUCGCGAAAUCAGCUGUAGAGCUGCUUGUUCGGACCAUUGUCGACCACAAAAAUCAAUUCAAUCGCUUUCAGUCAUGGCUUAUCCUCGUGGCACUACUCUUCUUCGCCUUGACGCAACUAUACUACUUACAUCUCGGUCUACGACUUUGCAGUACGAGCGUAUUAUACCCCUUUGUGUUCUGUAUUUACAACAUUAUUGCCAUCUUGGAUGGUCUGAUAUACUUUCAGCAAGGAUCGAGGCUCAGUGCUCUACACGCUGGACUGGUAGCCUUGGGCACUGUCAUAUUACUUCUGGGAGUGCUAGCCUUGUCUUGGAGAUUGGAUGAUACAACGCCAUCGGAAGCCGUCCACCCUGUGGCCCCUCCACGGACUCCUCUUACGCCAGGAAUGGGUUUGGUACAGUCUCCAUCCGAUGACCGCAGUCAGUACCUUUCCACCGGCAGAAGAACAAGCUCUGGAUCUCUCGACAAACAGUCUGUGGACGAGGAGACGCCUCUCUUGGUUGCAGGAAAGCCUCAAAAUCCAGCACGGUCUGUCGGGACGGAUACGGAAGGGAUCUGGGCUGAAAUAGACGAUGAGACCCCCCAAGACUUCCUUUCUUCUCUGCCGAAUACAAAUACGACUUUUCUGACAAACAACUACAAAGUUCGCCGGAGAGGCAAUUCUGGUUCUUCGCAGGCUAUCUCCGAUGGAAGUCGACCUAGUUCGUCUGGCUCUAAUGCCCGGGAUAAGGCCAAGGAUGCUCCCACCGGAAGCAAUGACGGUGAUGAUACGAGUCAGAGGCGCAACAGUACGCCCCAAGCUUCGGAAUCCACGCCUUCGCCCGACCAGAAACAAGAAAGAAAACGAAGCACAUCCAUCCGGUUUGCCGACAUUGAUCCCGGGAAUCGAAAUCAAAACCAGAAGCACGAUUCUAAAAGAGGAAGUCGAAGUCGCUUCGACAAGGGCACCGAGGAGGACAAGUGAGGGUGUCUGUAGAGCAAGCUAUUGAACUCGGACUGCCGUUGAACUCAGUGCGGAAGGACUGAGCGAUGCAGAAUCGCUUACACGGGCAUAGACCUACGCUCUGCACUUGCGUGAAAAGAGGCAGAGAUCGAUGAUGAUAACGUAGUCGAAACACAGAUUAUAUUGCAAUGGUAAGACAUUAUUCCGGCAU